UUGAUAUUUACCGAAGCAAGUUAAUGGGUUGUCAUUCUUUCACUGAGUUCGUGAUUACCUAUAUCUCUUGACAAUUAAGUUUGACGAAAAUACCAAACGUCUUUCUUAAAUUACCAUUUCUAUAAGAGUACUAUAUUACAUUUUAUUCAGCUAUCUCUGUACCAAUUUAUGACAACGUUAUUAUUCCGGUGUUCCGGAAAUGGAUGUAAUCGCAUGACAGUGUGUACAACACGUUUGAGAUUUUUUUCAGUAUGGGAGCACCAUGGAUAAACGUUUAUUUAGUCUACCUACUGCUGCUCUGUCCUUUGGUCGUUUGCUAUACGACGACCCAUGCCGGAAACCUCGCCACGGCACUCAAGGCCGCCUCCAACACUGAUGUCCGUCCAUCCGGAAGUACGGAGGUUUAUAUACAGCUUGGCAUCAUGAGCGUUGAUAGCCUUGAUAUUGUUGUUCAGGAAUUCACCAUGAUUGGCUUUUUGUUAAUGAGUUGGGAAGACAGUCGACUAACUUGGAGCUCGAGCGAUUACGGUGGAAUAGAAGGCAUCCAUCUGAAAAAAUCUGAAAUUUGGGCUCCGCUUGUUCUGUUAAAUAAUGGCGGUAGCUCUAUAGAGAUGAUUAACGACAACAGCGACACAGCGAGUACCACGGCUUACAUUUUCAGCGACGGGAAUGUAGCUUGGCUUGCUCCCGUAGUCUUCAGAACCCACUGUUCCGUCAACAUCGCCUACUACCCUUUUGACAAACAGUCAUGUACUUUGAUUAUAUCUACGUGGAUGUAUGGCGUCGAUGAGCUGAUGUUGUACACGGAUGGAUCGCAAAUCAACUUCGAUCUGUACGAAGAAAAUGGGGAGUGGGCUGUUCUCUCGAGUUCGUCAUCAAACACCACGAGGACAUUAUUGGGUCACGCCAUGUCUGCCGUGCAGUUCGACAUCACGCUUCAAAGAAAGUAUCAAUUCUAUCUUCUCAACAUAAUCUUCCCCAUCACAAUGCUUGCCGUUCUUGGUCCGUUUGUGUUUUUGUUACCCGUGGACAGUGGAGAAAAGAAUGGGUUUACCCUGACCGUUAUGUUGUCCAUGUCAGUGACCAUGGCAUACAUUUCCGAUCAUAUUCCAUCCAGUGCUCUCAACGUCUGCGUCCUCAGCGUCUAUGUGCUGACAGUAUUCAUAAUCAACGUAUGUGAAACCCUGUUGACCGUGAUUACGUGCCGAAUCCACAAUCAUCAUGGUAAAGGACUUUCGCCAUCCGCUCGCUCCCAAACCAUUAUGGGACUUCUUGCCAAAUUGACACGUUUCAAAUCUGCAGAUCAUGAAAGGGGCCAAAAGAAACUCAACAAGCUUAACAGCAUUUUUGUAGCUGACAAGCAAAAGGGCCAACAUCAACAAGGAGACCAAGCCGAUUCCCCAACAGCAUGGGCAAGUGAGGAACGACUAGUGCAUGAUUUUACAUACGAAGAAUAUGCUAUUCUACUUGACAGAUUUAAUUUUAUGUUCUUCCUUAUUCUGACAGGAAUCAUGACACUUGUGUUCAUGGUAAUUCUUGCAGCUGGCGCUUGAAGAGUGACACGACUUCGUUUAUUCUCUAUAUUUGAAUUUUAUACGACAACAGCCAAUUAUGAAAACAAUAGUUCGUGUGCAUGUUAUACAAACUAAGAAAUAAUUAUGUUAUAUGACAAAUCAUUAAUACAAAUGAUUCGUUAAUCACCCUUAAAUUUAUGCUUUGGAGGGCACAAAUACCGAACACUUGAAAAGCGCAAAUACAUGGUCAUACAAUUAUAAUUAAUAAGUAUGCUAUAUUAAAUAAACACUUAACUGCAAAGUUAAUUAUUGUUUCCAAUGUUUUUUCAAAACAUGCAAUUCAAAUGUAAAGCGUGAUUUCUAUUUAUAAAUACCUUGAAUGUAGGUCAACAUAACUGCAAAACCUAAAGAUGCGCGCGCGCCCUCUGACGUCAUUCCCCCCAUGUACUACAAUUUGAUCUUCAAGGUAGAAACAUUAAAUGGCAGUUUUUUUUAGAAAAAUACUUAACAAAACAAGUCGAAACUUCGCAAGGGUAGUCAAGGCUAGCCUCUGUAUUGAUCUUGAUCAUGGAAUAAUCGAUCACGGUAAAUAAACGCGUGUUUUAGCCGGUGUUCGGGAUUUGUGCCCUGUAUGGAAAUGUACCGUCAACCAGUACAGUCAACAAAAAAUAAUAAUCAAUGAAAAAAAAAUCUUUCUUUUAAAAAUAAUUAAAAGAACGAAAUGGAGUAGUGUAUUCUUAGAGGAAAUAAUAUGUUUUACUUUGUAAUAGUUUUGCUUCUAUCAAUUUGAUUUUGUUCUGAAAUUUGUUGCAGUUCUUCAUGCUGAAUAUCAUAUAUAUUUUCACUUUUGAUAUUAUUUUUGAUAAACAAACAAAAACAGUUCGUAACCUCUGUUUACCAAACAACCAAUAUCCUCUUAAUAUCUUUUUUUCCAAAAGCUACUUAAGGAUUAUUCAAUGAUAAUAAUAAAAAGUGAAACAGUGCCGAGAGAACUUUUGGAUGUAAUAAACAAUUUAAUGAUGACUAAAUGUUUUAUUUCUGUACUACAAAUAAGUCCAUCUUAUCUAGUUAUUUUACAAUUACUAGACUUUUAACUCGCAAAAAGUUAAAUGCAUGCAUCACCAAUCAUUUUCUACAUAUCCUCAUCAAUAGGCUUUAAACAGUCUAUAAACAUACAACAACAUCUAGAGCAAAAGAUAGUUGAAUAAGAAAUGGCAGUUAACACCCAAUGUUUGCAUUCGGAACUCCUCGGCCAUUUUUUCAAAAAACAGCCUCGUAUGUAUUCCGGUACAUCUGUUGAAGGAGUCCGUAUUUUUUUGAAUAAAAGCAUUAAUUAAAUGUAGUGUUUAAGAGUUGUAUUCAUUGCUCUCAGUUUAAAUUGAUUGCCAAUGAAGUGUAUUAUUGCAAACAUAAUUACGAUUCCCAAGAGUUAAGUCAUAAAUUUUAACUACUAAAUAAGAUUACUACGCGAUCUAUUUGCAGCGGACUUAAACGUACCACUUUUUAAGUAUGUAAACCGUCCAUAUACAUCCGAGGUUGUUUUUGAAAAAAUGGCCGAGGAGCUCCGAAUGCCAAUGUUUGCACUCAAUGGGAACAUAAUUCAUCGCUAGUCGUACAACAUCGAUUCUUUCUGGGUCUAAUAUUGAGUAAAAAACAUUCCGUCUGACAGUAUACUAUUUUAACUUAGUUAGCUUUUUGUAUGAAACACUAAUGUAGUAUCCUACUCUGUUUUGUAAUACCCCAUAAUAUUUGUACACUUGUUAUCUAAUAGGCCUUGAUCAGUGUGCAUUUAACCAGGAUCUUAAUUAAAUUUAAGCUAGCGCUUGUCCCUGUAUUUCUCAUUACAACUAUAUUUCUAAGCAGUUUAUCAACGCUGUAUGCCAUUUUGUUUGCUCUUUGCAACUUAUGAAUCUAGUAGCAAAAAGAACCUCCCACUGGGACUUAUGAUGUCAAUAGCCUCGAUCAACGUCGCCCUGAAUUACUCUUGUCAAUGUUCACAUUGCAAUGCUUCUGAAAGUUCGUCAUGUCUGAUCAAAAAGCGAUUAUCGAAAUAAGGUUGAUGAAGACUAAAUAACAGUUGUAUCACUUAUUUCGAAAAACUGAACUUUCAACGAACUCACUCACAUUUUCCAAUCUACUGUUUUAUUUAUUGGUGUCAAUUUUGGAAAAUAGCUUCAAUCUAUUUGUCUUGUAGAGUUAGUAGGUUUCAAAGUCGAAACAAAUUCGGAAUCAUUUAAGUUUAGAAAUGAAAACUAAUUAAAAGACAUAGUGAACUAUUUUCCUAUUACCAAAUGGGUAGCAGUGUUUAUUGAAAUAUCAAAACCAAAUUAUUGCAUUAACUACCAUGGCAUGAACAGUGACGUACCGUGGGACCGAACAAUACAACGGAAACUUCAGAAAAAAAAACGGAUUGCGCACAUACAACGUCCUGUUUUAUAUUUUACUUAAAAUGAAAUUUAUAAAAUUGAUAUAAAUGUGUUUGUUUUUGUUGGGAACAUCGCCCUAUCUCAAGCUAGAAAUAAGUCAACCGGAAAUGCACUUAGGUAAAAAAGAGACAGUUGUUGCACACUACAUUUUCUUUGUUUUAGUUGUUUGUGAGUAAAGACAGAAAUAUAUACCUUAUAUGCAAAUAAAAAGAAGAUAAACGUA